AACAUUAUAAGGUCAUUGGAAUUACGUCCGCUAGCGGCUUUUUGUCCUUUGCUAUCAGGCACAAUGGAGAUGGAAAUCACAUCGCGGGUGGGGUUAGUGGACGGAUGACGGUCGCCGGGGCCAAGUGGAGAGAAUUUGACGAAGAUCCCGGUGCGUGUAUCCGAGCCUGCGCGUCUCCUAGCGCCGCUAUCAAGCCGAGCGUGAGACCGAGCAGCCGGCUGGCCUGUAAGCCGAUCUUCUCUGCGACUUCCAUGCUGUGACCGCCCGCACCAGGAUGCUACGACUAGCCUGCUGCACCGCCCUGCUGCUCGUCUUGAGGCUGAUGGCGUGCCUGCCCUGGUCCCAGGUCCUGCCCGCCACACUCAUCUUCUACCUGGGAAGCGGAGGUUGGCGCUUCCUGCGGAUCUUCGCCAAAACCAUAGGCCGAGACUUGCACGCUGCAGCUGUGCUGCUGCAAGUCAAGAUGAACGUCAAGCGUCACCUUCGGCAGAAGAACACCCUCCCCGCCAUCUUCGCCGAGACGCUGCGUCGCCACGGCGACAAGACGGCGCUCAUCUUCGAAGGCACGGACGAGAGGUGGACCUUCCGGCAGCUGGACGAGUACUCCAGCCGGGUGGCCAACCUGCUGCUCCAGCGCGGCUUCAAAGAGGGGGACGUGGUGGCCCUCUUCAUGGAGAACAGCUGCCAGUACGUGGGGCUCUGGCUGGGCAUGGCUAAGGUGGGCGUGGAGGCGGCGCUCAUCAACUUCAACCUGCGACUGGAGGCCUUGGUGCACUGCGUCACCAUCUCCAACGCCAAGGCGCUGGUCUUUGGCUCCGAGCUGGCUGGCGCCGUGUCCCAGGUCCACUCUUCCAUGGGCCAGACGCUGCAGAUCUUCUGCUGCGGACCCUGGGACCCCAAACGGGUGCCGCGGGGUACCGAGUGCCUGGAGCCGCUGCUGGCCGCCGCCCCUUCGCACCUGCCCAGUCGACCUCAACGCUGCUUCACAGACCGCCUGUUCUACAUCUACACGUCCGGAACCACGGGGAUGCCCAAAGCUGCCAUUGUGGUGCACAGCAGGUAUUACCGCAUGGCCGCUCUGGUCUAUUAUGGCUUCAGGAUGACGCCGGACGACGUCUUGUACGACUGCCUUCCACUCUACCACUCAGCAGGUAACAUCGUGGGCGUGGGCCAGUGUUUGAUCCACGGCAUGACUGUGGUCAUCAGAAAGAAGUUCUCCGCCUCUCGUUUCUGGGACGACUGCGCCAAGUACAAGUGCACCAUCGUCCAGUACAUCGGAGAGAUUUGCCGCUACCUGCUCAACCAGCCAGUGCGCGACACGGAGCGGCGGCACCGCGUGCGCAUGGCGCUGGGUAACGGCCUGCGUCAGUCCAUAUGGCAGGAGUUCAUGACACGCUUCCACAUUCCUCAGAUAGCAGAAUUCUACGGAGCCACCGAGUGCAACUGCAGCUUAGGCAACUUUGACAACAAGGUGGGAGCGUGUGGCUUCAACAGCCAAAUCCUGCCCUUCAUUUACCCCAUCAGACUGGUGAGGGUGGACGAGGAGACCAUGGAACUCAUCAGAGGACCUGACGGCGUCUGCAUUCCCUGUAAACCUGGCGAGCCUGGUCAGCUGGUGGGCAGGAUCAUUCAGAACGAUCCUUUACGGAGAUUCGACGGCUAUGUCAACCAGUCUGCCACCAGCAAGAAGAUCUCCCACAGUGUCUUCAAGAAGGGAGACAGCGCUUAUCUUUCUGGUGACGUGCUGAUCAUGGACCAGUAUGGACACAUGUACUUCAAGGACAGGACAGGAGAUACCUUUCGCUGGAAAGGAGAGAACGUGUCCACCACGGAGGUGGAGGGGACGCUCAGCAGGCUGCUGGACAUGAAAGAUGUUGUGGUCUACGGAGUGGAAGUACCUGGCGCAGAAGGGAAAGCGGGGAUGGCCGCCAUCGCUGAUCCCACACAGUCCUCAGACCUGGACAAGUUUGCCAAGGACCUGGACAACGCUCUUCCUCCUUACGCCCGACCUGUCUUCCUGCGCUUCCUCCCCGAAGUCAACAAGACAGGAACCUUUAAGUUCCAGAAGACGGACCUCCGUCACGAGGGCUUCGACCCCACGGUGGUGUCGGACCGGCUGUACUUCCUGGACUCCAGCAGGGGGCGCUACGUGCGGCUGGACCAGGAGCUGCACCGCUCCAUACUUUCAGGGAAACAUAAAUUGUGAGCCGUGCGCCGUAGCCGGGGAAGUGAAGAGGAAAGUAGUGUAAAUAGUCUCUGGCUACCUCAGCUCACAGCAUUACAACCACGGCCACACUCGUCGGGACAAACACACUUGAAGAAAAACCUCAAAAGGAGCUGGUGUUAAAAAAAAGUGCACUAAAAGACAACCAUGGGAACUGUUCAUGUUCCCUUCAGAAAAACACAAAUCACCGGAGCUGAUAUGAAUCAAAACUCGCACCAAAUAUAUUUAAUGAACAUAUUUAAGGAAUAAUUUGUUAUUUAUGUUUGUCCUUCGCUAUGAAAACUAAAAGCUUUUCUUUCUUUUUUAAUUGUCGACAUUUGUGUGCUACAGAAAAUAAAUGGAGUCUAUUUUAAAGGAGUAUUAGAGCCACCAUGUGAAAAGACUAAUAUUAUUAAAACCUCUUAAGAAACCUUUUAUUGCUGCUAAUUGCUCCCAAACCU